AUGUCUCAUUUGGACCUGAGUUCAUGCAAGAAGAGGAGGAGAGGGGAGAGGGUCUUCAAGUUCAAGACGUUUGGCGAAAAAGGCCACCCUGUGGAUUGGGACGGUGAUGGCGUGUUUGUAGAAAAUGUCAAGGCUCUUUUGGAAUUUGGGAAUAUAGAAAGUGGAUUGUGUAGUGGGAGUGGUGGUGUCACUGGAUGGUCGUUUCCGCUAGAGGUCCACCGUCACCCUCCGGUUCACGUAAUGUUGUUUGUUGUGGAAGAACCGUUGGAGAUGUUGCUUGAUCGGCACUGUAAACAUUGCCAAUAUGUAGGCUGGGGGCAUCAUAUGAUCUGCAAUAAGAAAUAUCAUUUCUUGCUGCCUUUCAAGGACACAGCUGAUCCAACAAAGGGUAAGUCAAACUUACUAGAAUUAAAGGCCCAUAUAAUGCAUGGUGUCUUCCAUUCUAAUGGGUUUGGGCAUUUGCUCUGUUUCAAUGGGCUGGAAAUGGGCUCGGACUUACCCGGAUACCGGAUCAUGGAGUUUUGGGAUCGACUCUGCAGUGGAUUAAGAGCAAGGAAAGUGAGUUUAAGCGACGAUUCACAGAAGAAAGGCAUGGAAUUGAGGCUAAUCCAUGGAGUAGGGUAUGGCGAGCCGUGGUUUGGUCGAUGGGGCUAUGGAUUUGGGCGUGGAACCUAUGGUGUGACCCUGCAAAUGUACCAAAAGGCCAUAGAAGCCCUACAAACCAUGCCAUUGUGCUUGCUUGCUCAUCAUCUUGGCAACUCUAAUCACGAAUUUACUUCCCUAAUCUCUAGGUAUCAAACACUUUCGAGCCAUUCAUUGGCGACACUUGGCGAUCUAUUCCACUUCAUGCUCGAGCUUAAAUCGCGCCUUCCAAAAGAGAGAUAUAAUUCAUCUAAUGGGGGAAUUUUGGUGGAAAAUACUUGUAGAUGGUCGCCUAAAAGAGUAGAAAUGGCUACUAGAGUUAUUGUUGAAGCCUUAAAAAGAGCUGAAUUUAGGUGGGUUUCGAGGCAAGAGGUUAGGGAUGCUGCUCGCGCCUAUAUUGGUGACACUGGUUUAUUAGAUUUUGUGUUGAAGUCGCUUGGAAACCACAUAGUGGGAAAUUAUUUGGUCCGUCGCAGCUUAAAUCCUGUCACCAAAGUACUCGAGUAUUGCCUCGAGGACAUCUCCAAUUCAUUUCUCAACCAAGAAGGUUUGAGUUUGGGUGAUUCAAAAACAAAAGCUCGGUACAUGAUCACGCGGGUACAGCUCAUGAAGGACUUGUUUUACUUGUACAAGUACAUCCUUAGAGAGCAAAAUCCAACAAUGACCAUGGGGAUAUUUGCUACAAUUCCAAUAGCUUCAAGGAUCAUUCUUGACACCAAGUACCUCAUCAAAGAAUACUAUGGGGAUUUGCCCUCAAAAUUAGAAGCAGGAAUCACAUCAGAAUGCACGAUCAAUUCAACAAUUGCAUUGAGGAACAAUAAUUGCGCAGAUGGAAGCAUAAAAAAUGUGAUGGCACCAUACGAGUGUUUCAGAUUGAAUAGCAAUGCCACAAUUGAUGAGCUCAAACUGCAUGUGGAAAAGAGGUUUGGAGAGAUCUAUUGGGGAUUAAGGAGCUUUGUGGCACAAUCUGUACUCAAUGUGAACGCCAAGGGAUCAGACUCUGUUUUCGGGCUAGUUGAAGUCGGGGGAAAAGUCGUUUUUGAGGGGAGAAACGAAGAGGGAGGAACUACGAAUGACAAUAUAUUUGAAGGUAAUGAAACUACUAAAAUGGUUGUGGAUUGUGGUUGCGGAGCCAAAAAGAAUGAUGGGGAAAGAAUGGUUACGUGUGACAUUUGUGAAGUUUGGCAGCACACUAGGUGUGUUCGGAUUCCGAAUGAUCAAGAAAUUCCAACCAUAUUUCUGUGCAGUAGAUGUGAGCAAGAUAUUUUGCUCUUCCCUAAUUCUUUGCCAUAG